CCGCGGAACUUGACUUAAAUCAAUCAAAUAUCUACGUGCACAUAUCCGCCCAAGCCGGUCAACUAAGUUAUUCAGAUCGCCGUUCCGCCAAUGGGCGACUUCGAAACUCUCUAUUGGGCCAGACCUUUGUGCGAACACUUGGGUUAAUGAAAGAUGAUGAUGAAAACUGGACACUGCGGAAGCAGAAGGCCCACGUCUAUCAAAAACUAAAUAACCCUAAUAUACCUACAAACCUGCGGUCGACACCAGAAUCCUUCACAGACUCGCGAAUUGUUCGCCUUUUGCGCGAAGUUAUGUGCCGCGACUACUUAGAUAUCUCCUUUUCGAAUGCUCCCGUCCGUGCUCGCCGAGUGCUUACUCCAAGAAAUGAAGCCUUGGACUUUCUGCGACAUCCUACAACACGAAAUACAGUAUCAGAUCCAUCUUACGCAACGGCAAGUAGUAUGAUUAGUGGCGAGAUGGCACUGAUCAACCUCGAGUGGUGCGCUCGUGGGGACGAAGCCGUUACAACCGAAUGGUGCACGCUCUCCCGGCUUCCUCCUGAGAAAAGACCGGAGGCCCUCACUCAAAUUGCUUACAUUGCGUGGUUCAGAUGGAAAGUACAGGAGCGUGUAUUUUGCGUAGCUGAGGAGUUGAUACGGGUCGGCUUGUUAUCAUUGGAGGCCAUUUAUGCUCCUAUGAAUCUCUGGGAAGCAACACCAUCGGUGGCAUCAGUCAUGGCAGCUCUUGAGUGUUUCACGAUCCCCCAGUCAUGCAUGGACUAUGAGGAGAAGAUUUGCGGCACCUAUUUCAUUCAGCCUGUCCAAUGGCUUGCGACACUUAUCGUCAGGUCCUGCUCAGACUGGACAUCCAUUAUCGACCGCCUAAGCACUAUACCAGUUCUUGGUGAACUGGAUUCGAAACUAGCCUCGAGUUUUAGGCAGGGACUGCGGAAAUUCACCGUCAAUCCAGAUGAAAAGGAAGAAGCCCUAAUUGAGAUUCCCGCAUAUGGCUUUUGGCUUCCUCAUGGGACCAAGCUUGCGGACUUCCAUGCCAAAUGGACUGGAAGGUAUUCACGUGUGAUUGAAGCUUACAAAGAUUGUACUAAAAAAGAUUGGGAAUCUUCUGAGGAUAUAGAGAGAAGCAUGGCCAAUUUGCUGGCAAUGGAGCUUCAAGCUCAUGGCCUCGAGGUGUCGCAGGCUUGAUAUUGAACUGAUGGGAGUACCCUGUUGCCUGGCGCUAUACUUUUCUCCUAGCUUGCUAGCUAACUCUAGCUUCAAUAGGAAUGCAAAAUUAUUUAAUGCUUAAUCAAACCCGCGGCCCAAGACCAAUUGAGCCCUUCCUGUACACUGGAGUAAAUUAGAUACCGCUACAGACUCUGAUCAUCAGCUGAUCAACUACUCUACACAGAACUUUUGGAAUAGGUCAGGCUUUAUAGGUAUAUAGGUCUCCCCUACUG